GAUGAUCUCAACCAUGUGCUUUAGCUUUUCAUAGAAUUGUCUUUGUACUCAUUUAACUCACAUGGCCUGUGUAUAGGAUGGUGCCACUGGACUUGUUUUAUUACCUGCUAAUCCUUCACUUUGGGGAUUAGUGUCUCCCACUUCCUUUGUAUCUUAGAACUUGUUUAUUACAUCAUGAAUAUUCAUUAGAUCAUUUCCUUAUAUGUUUUCUCUUUUUGUAUUUUCUUGUUUACAGACUUUAUUCCUGCUUGAGUGUUCUUUGAAAGAUCCACUAUUCACACUGUAUAGCACAAUGACGUGGUUUCAACAAGGCAAGCACCCUUACGUCAGGGACCAAGAAUACGACCAGCGUGUAACAUUAGGUCAUGACCGCUCCAGACUUCACCAAGCUGCUCAAAUGGGUCGUCUCUUCAUGUUGCACGCACUAAUUGAAGACGGUGCUCGUGUUAACGUCACAACCUAUAAUGGUGUGACGCCGUUACAUGAUGCGUGCAGUUCCGGCCAUCUUCACUGUGCCAAGAAACUUAUAAAUGCCGGCGGAAAGUUGAAUGCAAUGGACAUUGACUGGCACACGCCAAUGACCCGUGCCUGUGCAGAAGGCAAGAAAGAUUGCGUGCAGCUUCUUGUGCAGUCUGGUGCAAAGCUGAACAUUAACAGCGAGAAGUUCUCACCGUUACAUUGUGCUGUUGCCAAAGGGUGUUCAGACUCGACCAACAUUCUUCUGAAUGCAGGAGCUGAGGUGGAUAAAUUGGACCACAACAGACUGGGGACACCUCUACAUGCAGCCUCCCAUUGCCACCAGACAGAAUGUGCCAGAAUACUGCUUCAGGCAGGAGCCAGUUCAAAUGCUACCAGGCCAGACGAUGAACAGACAGCCUUACAUGUGGCAGCAUCGACGUCAGCACCUGCAGAAACAAUCACCUUGCUGUUACAACACGGCAGCAAGUUGCAUGCCAAGGAUAAAGAUGGCAAAACUGCUCUUGAGUUGGCACCGGUGGAUAGCGAAGCUUAUGGUGUACUCAAGCAUUAUCAUGAAAAUGUGCCUUUACUGUCUGAGCUGAGUCGUGAGUCGGUCAACAAGUGUCUCAUCGAUCAGAACGACGCUAUCAAGUUUCUGCCCCUCCCAGAAAAACUCAAGGCCUUCUUGGGCUUCGAAAAGUGAGCCUGGCGUCGGCCGUCUUGACUCUUUCACAGUGCAACUCAGGGUUGGUGAUGUGUGUGACCAUUUAUAACCAGUUUUGCUCCUCGAAUCAGGGAUUAUGUAAUUGAAAGUCAGUUUUAUGAUGUAGUAGUUUUGAGGGAAUCAGUAUUUUUAUUUUAAAUACGCGCACAGAUUAGCGUGAGCCACAUGUGUACCAUAUUCAUUCUUAACACUCAGUCAGCAUUGUUUGUGUUUUUGCACAGCCGUAAAAAGGAGUAAAUUGAGAAAAAGUAAGGCUUUAAUUCUAUGUAUACAUGUAAUUUUAUUAAAGAAAAAACAUUAAACGGUUUUAAUUAUUUGUUUUCUGAAUGUUGCACUUUUUUGGCACACUCGGUUGUCUCUUUCUAAAAGAAUGUGUCCAUUGCAAAUGUCCUUGCAAUUGUUUUUCAUGAGAGAUAUCGGUUUUCACUAUUCACACAGAUCUUGUAGUUCCAUGAGCUUCCUAAAACUAAUUGGUGCCAAAAUAACAAGAUCCAAAAACAUUAAGCCAUAGGGUUGGUAAUCUUUUCUCUGUGCUUGAACGCUGUCUUUCUGGAACAGAUUGAUCCAACAUUUUGUGUAUGUAGAGACAUUUCGUGCUUUCAACUCUCACAUUUGAAACAGUGGCGCACCUAAUAUAGGAGGGGCCGGGUGUGGCAUGGAGGGACUUGGAGCUUUCAAAACAAAACUAAAGGUGAAAGCUGUAUUCAAAUUUUCCAUGGCAGUAAAUACAGGGUGA